AGCAGCAGCAACGACAACAACAGCAGCAGUAGUAGUUGUAGCGGUGCUACCGGAAGGUCGACGUUUCCGAGUGAGACCGGAUCGCGGCUUCACUAAGAGUUGGAGGGAUAAGCGGCAGCAGCAUUCAUCCGCAACUCUUCUGGACUGCUCCGAGCAGUAGUGCGUUUCGGUGCGCGCGGCCGCCGCGGCUUUAACGCGAAACAAAAGAAAAGAGACGAAGGAGAAGCCGCUACUCCCGCGCUUCUUCUUUAUCUUCGAGCGAGACACAAACAGAAUCCACGGAGCUUAUGCUCCGGGACAUUCGACCACCGGCCCCUAUCUCAUGUGCUUUUUUUAUCGUUAUUGUCAUUGGCAAUAGCGUGUGAGAAAGGUCAUUAAGUGCGCGGUGAAGAAUAGUGAUAAAGCAGCGAGUUGUUUUACUCAUCCCGACGCAUCUUUCAUGUUCUCAAGAAUGCCAGUACCUGUGUGGGACUCGGACAUUGUGUUCCUUGAGGAGCCUUUGGACACGGCCACCGUCGUGUCCGAUGAUAUUUGGAAAAAAUUCGAUCUCGACGUGCCCCUGGAAAACUACCAUCACCGUUACCAGAAUGACAUUCUAGGGGCUGGUAUCUCCAGCUUACCACCACACUGCGAGGCACCCAUGAUGAUGCACUUCGACAAACUCAAUUGCCAGGCCUCGCGGAAAAUCCGCCACCACGACUGCAUGUGGGCAGGCCUCUGCAUAAGUAAGGAGCACAAUCGCACACACCCGGCGAAGAAGGACAACCAGAUACACAGGAGAAUACCAGCGGGUCGCAGUCUACUCAUACCCAAGGUCGCCGCUAAUCAGCAACAGAGCCAGCAGAGCCACCAUCACAGCCUCCAGGCAGGUAAUCAUCAAAGGCAGUCGUCCCUGGUGACGAGCGGCGUGUAUCAGACCUCAUGCAGACCGACGAUGGCCACGACGAUGCAGGCAGCCAUGAUGGUUACGUCAACGGCGAGUACGACUACGACGUCAAUGGCAAUGAAGAGCCUCGAAAGCGACGGGGACUCAACGCGGCCCGAGACCCCCCAGAGCAGCGAGUCCGAGACGGAGAGCGAGGACGACGACGAGGACGACGAAGCGCCAGUCUUCCGGCACGAGCAGAUAAAUAUCAAUGACAUUGUGUCGAUGCCGGUGAGCGAGGUAACUGGUCAGCAGAUACAGAGGCGGCCAUCGUCCUACGACCGUAGAAGAGACGACAGGAUGCUGAGGGCAUCCGAAAGUCAAGAGACGGCCAUUAGAAAUACGCUUAUGAGCGAUCACUGCUAUCAUCUCAAUCAGCAGCCCAUGAACAGUAAAAAGCUCGAACAUCUGGGCGUCCAGACACCUUCCGAUUCCGAGGAGGAGAUCGAUGUGGUUUCUUAUGAGAAGCCGAGUCGAGCUACGAGCUCCACCGCAACGUCGUCCUUACCGACUUAUCCCAGUCCAGCGGAGCAACAACACUUUCAGCUCACUGUCAAUACGGCCUUCAAGGACCGACACCACGGCAGCAGCGGUGCCACGAGCGCCACAAGCGCCCCGACGACGACGGCACCCCGACCUCGGGGCCGUCCACCGACAAACGGUAGCGCCGCAUCCAGGAAGCGAGCGAGCCAAGCGGCCGCAGCGGCUGCCGCCGCCGCCGCCGUCGCCGCCUCCAUCGAGACAGAAUCGCCGAAGCCGGCGAAGCGACCGAGGCAGCAUCGGACCUACCAGCGACGCGCUACACCCCAGAAGAACGCCAAUAAGUCGAACACGAGCUCGCCCCAGUCGUCACCAGCGAAACUCAGCGCCGGGAACAGCAGCAGCCUCGCCUCCUCGUCGCGGAGCUCGUCCGACGACGAGCCCGACACCGAGAAGAGGAGCCUGCACAAUAACAUGGAGCGCCAGAGGCGGAUAGAACUGCGAAACGCCUUCGAGGAGCUGAGGAUCCUUGUGCCGGAGGUCGAGGCCAAGGAGAAGGCGCCGAAAGUGGCAAUACUGAGGCAGGCCGCGGCCUUCUGUGACCGACUCACCGACAUAGAACAGCUAAACCUGGCCAAGGUCAUCGAGCUGAAGAAGAAGCAGGAGCGACUGAGGGCGCAGCUCAGUCAACUCCGACGGAGUCUCGCCUUGCAGCGCUGAUAGCGGCCCCCGGGUAAGGGAGGGGCGGCGGCCAUAGCCGGUCGCCUGACCCGAUUAAAACCUGUUGAGCCACGUAUCCCGGACGAGUCGAGGACACGACGAGGGCAAGGAGGGACACGCGGCUGGACCGCUCGCGAGCGCGCAUCUACCCCUGGGCGGACACGGCUUUGACAUUCCAUUGCCGGUAGGGGGAUGAUGAGACGGUGGCGAUGAUGAUGAUGAU